UUAAAAAUACAGCACAAAAGCUGUCACUCAGCUAAAGUAAAAAAAAAAAAUAUAUAAAGAUAAACUUUGAAAAAUAUUUGAGUUAAAACAAAUAGAGUUAUGAAAACAUAUACAGGGUAUUGAGCGAUAUCAACGGGUCUAACAUCAUCUUCCUCGGUAAGUAAGAGAAGAGAGAAAUUUUCUGGGUUUCAUUGAGGGAGGCGAAGACAAGCGGGAAAGGUGGAAACCAACCUUGGCAGGGGAAAACAAGGGUGGAAACAAGGAGACUUAGUAUGGAAGAGUUAUUUCUUAAUCGCAUAUUAAACUCUGUGGAACGCCUACGGAAUGAGUAUCGGGAGGUGAAGGAUAGUGUACGGAUUAUAAUGGGUAAUUUGCAGACAUUAAUUGAUCUUAGGAAACGUAGAGAUGAUGAGCGAAGAAUGUAUGAAUGUGAAAUGGUUACAAGAUUUGGCAGCAAUUGUGAUGAUGCGAAACUUGUGAACCAAAUGAUUAAUGAUGAAGGGAAAGGGGUUGAUUUGGAGAUCCAGCGAGUUCGUUUUGUCUAAGGGGGUAAUAAGUAUGAAAAUAAGUUUGGAGAUAUCCAUGGUGGUGAAGUACCGAAGCGUAAAAGUCAAUCCGGGGAGUUGAAUCACCCCACUUCUUCUGGUUUGAGUGGUAUUAAAUUUGGUUCUGUAAGUUCUACUAAUUUAUGUAAGAAAAAUGAAAAGGUUAUACAUAAGCCGGAGGGUAGUUGUGGGGGAAUGAAGAUGGGAAAAUUUGACGAUAAAGAUUUUAAGAUGUCAUCCCAAUUUGGAGAAACUCUACUGCAGCGUGAGAUGUCGAUGAAAGCUAGAGUAGGUACGAUAAAGCCAAUGACAUUAUUUACAGACGUUAAGGAAACAAGCCAUCGUCGGGCAGGUGCAUUAGGUGGUAGUUCCCAUAUUGGAAAGGGUGAGAGUAGUUCUCAGUCAUUGCCACUUAGCUCUGCACUAUUAAAGGGUGAUGUUCAGAUGAAAAUGAUUGGUCCGUUUAAUGCAAGUGCCCCGAUACUUGACGAUCCUGAUAUUGCGUCACUGGUUGAAUUUAUUUUUGACCUAGUUGUACCUGAUGAAAGAUUGGUGGAGACGGAUUUUAAUUUCCUCAAUAAGGAUUUGAUUAGAAGCAUGGGUCCGGGUAAGAAUGUGAUGGGUGAGGUGUUGAAUGUUGUUUGCGAGGUGAACACACGUGCAGCUCUGCUAGUGUCAGCAGAAGACGGAAGAGCUUGGUAUUUGAAUACAAGAUUGACAGUAUCUGGAAUUAGCAUUGACAGUUUAUUUCCAGACAAUGGUCGUGAUGAUUCUGCGCGAAAGUUUUACUUUGGUGAUUUGAAGAAAUGUCAGCAUAUUUUUAUUCCAAUCCACAAUGACAAAAUAGAACACUGGUUGCUUUUUAUAGUACACAUUGGUGAUGGUAUUGUAGAAAUAUGUGACUCGAUGCUGGACAAACAUGGGUUGUCAACUGGAAGUGGUCUUGUGAAAAUGGUGAUGGAGAAGCUUGAUUACUUACUUGCUGACCAAAUAGCCGACAAAAUGGGGCCUUCUUUUUCAUUCACCUGUUUUCAGGUUCAGACAAAUGUUGGAGUUCUUCAACAAUCAAAUGGAUAUGACUGUGGCAUCCACGUCAUUAAUCGGACUGAGGGUCGUCACGAGGUCUAUUUCAAACACUCUAUUUUUAAUUCUGCGAAUGAGAGGAUUUGCAUUGCUCUUGGGCUGGUGACUUCUACGCACAACAAAAUUUGGGGCAAUGUUCAGCUGGGUUUCGAUGUGUGGAAGAAGACGAAGAACCAGGGAAUGAGGGGGGAUUAAAUAGGAAGUUAUUUUAAGUGCAUUUACAGGGGAGUGUUUGACAGUUGUUAUUUUUUGGGACCGCUUGUAUAGGAUGGAAUUGGUUGCAAAAGUACUUCAUCUUUUGGGACCGAUACCGGGCCAUUUUGCUCUUUAUCUACUUCAAAUUUUUAAAAGUCGGCUGAAUAAUUCUUUCUAACACAUAACACAAUAUAUGGAUAGUGGACAGUCAUGUGAAGAUAUUUUUUAGUUGUACAGACUAACAUUUGUAGAGAUUUUAACUUGUGUGCAUGUUGUCCAUGACAAAUUCGUAA